GAAUGUCUGAGUGAAAUGGCAGUUAAGAUUCUGCCGGUGGUACACGAGGAGCCAAAUAUGUCCGGCAUUAAGAGUUACGAAUUUGAAACCGAGUGUUCUUUGGGGGAGUCCAAGCAGCCAAAGUCUAAGUGGACAAGGCUGCUGGUGUGCACCACUUUAGGCAGCACUUUUGGAGCUGCUGUUCCUGGCGGAUACUGUGUGGGUAUCAUCAAUAGUCCGGCUGUGCAUAUGCGAGCCUGGGUGCAUGACACGCUUGGCAAAAACUAUGGACUUCUCUUAUCAACAACUGCUUUGGACACCUUCUGGGCACUGAUAGUUUCCAUCUACUUGAUUGGUGGUGUGCUUGGAUCAGCUGCGGCUGGCUGGGCCGCCAAUCGUUUUGGCCGCCGUGGCUGUUUUCUGCUGAGCGGUUUGCUGCUCCUAAUAGGCGCCGCUUGCUUUCUCUGCUGUCGUUGGAUGCACUCGGUCGAGUUGCUGCUGCUCGGCCGCGUUAUAGUCGGUCUCGGCUCUGGUCUGAUUACCACCAGUCUGCCCAUGUAUCACAGCGAAAUAGCAUCCAUUUCACAGCGCGGUACUUUGGGUGUUGGAUGUGCGCUGGGCUUCUCCAUUGGACUGGUAUUUGCUCAGAUCUUCAGCUUGCAAUCGGUAUUCGGCGGGGAAGAUCAUUGGCACAUUGCUCUCUGCUUCUAUGUAAUAUUUAUGACUGUUUGCUACGCACCCUACCGCUUCUACGCCGAAAGCCCCAAGUGGCUAUUCAUUGUCAAGCAUCGAAGGGAAGAGGCUCGGCUGAUGCUGCAGCGUUUACGUGGGAAUGUAAAUCCUGCUGUUAUAGAUGAGGAGAUGGCAGCGAUGGAGCUAGAGACCCAAUCGAAGUGCUCCACCCGCCGCUUGGGGGAAAUAUUACGAGAUCCACGAAUGCUUCUGCCGCUUGUUCUGCUGUUUGCCUAUCAAGGUGGUCAGCAGUUGUCGGGCGUAAAUGCAAUUUUUUACUACUCCGUAUUGAUUUUUCGAAACAGCGGUCUUUCCGCAAGUGCCGCCGAGUGGAUGAACCUAUGUGCUGGGAAUGUAAACCUGCUAACCGCCCUUAUGAGUCCACUCUUUAUGGCAAAGUUCAAUCGACGCAUACUAAUGCAACUUUCUACAUUUUUCUGUGCGGUAUUCCUCUUUGCUUUUGCCUGGAUGGUAGAAUACAGCGCACAGGUACCAUGGUUCUCAAUAACAUGCAUGGCUUCCAUUUUUCUGUAUCUGAUCGCUUUUCAAUUGGCUUUGGGGCCCAUGCCGUCGUUCAUUGGUGCAGAGCUUUUUGAGGUAUCAUCGCGAUCGGUGGCUCUAUCACUUGGCAACCAGAUUGGUUGGGCAUGCAAUUUCAUCGUGGGCAUGAUUUUUCCAGCUCUACACACAGCUUGGGGCUCAUGGGUAUUUUUGCUUUUUUCGAUGUUCAGCGCACUCUUGUUUCUACUGACGAAAUUUUAUCUACCCGAGACUCGAGGACGUGAAAUAUCAUAUGUAGCCAAGCUGGUUUCUCGCGGUUUUCGAAGCAAUGUACAUCAAUAAAGAAUUAAAACUAAAACUUA